CGACGUCCUCUCGCGGCGGAUCGACUACCGGUCGCAGCUCGAAUCGAGUCUCGAACCUUCCGGCCGCCAUCUUGGUUUCGGGACCCCUCGGAGGCCCCUCGAGUCGAUCCGCUCUCGCCCGGGGCCCGUUAAAUCCGAUUUUAAUAUAUUGAUCUAUCGCCGCCGCCUACACCAACGCCGCGGACUAUGAAAGCACGUAAGAGCCGGGACAAAAAGGGCGAACUUGAAGAACUCGGGGGCGUUUUAGGAGGUUCUGGGGGUGCUUUGGCAUUGGCAGGAAGGCACAAACCCGAGGAACUGGCCACUUUGGCUGCCAACACGAGGUUCACCAGGAAGGAGAUCCAGCUGAUUUACAGGGGCUUCAAACAGGAGUGCCCCACAGGACUCGUCGACGAGGAGGCCUUCAAGCAGAUCUUCUCGCAAUUCUUCCCUCAGGGUGAUGCCAGCCAGUACGCACAUUACGUCUUCAACACCAUCAAGCGAAAAUCCUCAGGGAAAAUCAGCUUCGAGGAAUUCCUGACUAUACUGUCGAAGGUGUCCAGGGGAUCGGUGGAGGAGAAGCUGCAGUGGGUCUUCGGCUUGUACGACCUCGACGGGGAUGGCUUGAUAAGCAAAGAAGAGAUGUUGGAUGUCGUGGGGUCCAUCUACGAGAUGCUGGGUCGAUAUACUCAGCCCCAAAUCGCGGAGCCCCACGUCGCAGCUCGCGAACACGUGGAUCGUAUCUUUCACCUGAUGGACGCCAACAAGGACGGCGUGGUAACGAUCGAGGAGCUGGUUCAAUGGUGCUCGAAAGACGAACAGCUUCUAAAGAGCCUCGACACUCUGGACACGGUCUUGUGAGGGCUUUUAGAUGUGACGUGAAAAAUCCUGCACAGCAAAAUCAGUUAAGAGCAUUUAACCCAUCCAUCUACGAGCGGUUUGCAAUUUUUUAUCGAAUUAACCGAGGGAAUUCAUUCGCUUAGCCCUCCUCAAGAUUCGCCGUUCAUCGUCGCCGUCUGGGAAACGUGUUAACGGGGGAUUUUAUUUUAUUUUAUUUUUUCUUCUCAUCCUUCACUCCCGAAAAAUGGUACAUCGGCUUGGCAGGUCUCCUUUGGUAUGUCUAAAUGCUUCACCUGGAAUUAAUCCUGUCUGGCGGUAGUUUGAAAUUAAUCGUAAACUGUGUACGGCCCCUUUUGCAAAGAGUCGCCCACGCUAAGUGGCAAUUUCCCGACCUUCCUAACUCUGGCGUUUAACUCUUCUGUAAAUAUCGAUGUAUUUUACCUACCCAGUCUUUCAGACGCGACAAGGGAUCGCGCGAUCUCCAGUAUUAAUAAUUCUAAGACUUUCAGUCCGAGGAGUUGAGAUAAAAAGAAGCAGGAACCGUGCCGAGGAGGUUCCGACUCUAAGUCGGCUCUGUUCUUGGGAUUUCUCAAAUUCUCGAUUUUAUCGAGCUCUUCCACUGUGACUUUUGCCGUUUUACUGUUUUUCUCUGCUCUCGGGGAGAACUAUAUACCGUUCCCAACUAUUUCUCGCCUUUUAAUCAGGGACGUCCGAGUGCCAAUACAAUUUCAAAGGUGGACGCGAUUCUCCGAUGGGAAUGGGAAUUUACUUGCAUAGGGUAUCAUUUCAAGUUCUGGACCGAGAGGUGGGUUUGAAAAUUCUUCCGACAUAUUCCGAGUUUUCGAACGCGCUAAGGAUCUCUUUAUAUAUAAAUAUACUUGUAGAGAUUGACCUGAAGAAUCGGUACAAAUUACGGAGGGUCGCGUUUUCUCCUGUGAUUAUCCUGUACCUUGAAGUAUUAUACUCUUUAGGUAGUGACGCCGUCAGGGUCAUUAAUAUUAUUACCUAAUUACAUUCUUACAUGGUAUUGCAACCUCUAUUACUGUUAAACCGCGUGUAGGUUUAUCUGCGUACUUACAUUGUGACAAC